AUGAGAUUCAUUAAUAUAUUACCAUAUUUCAUACUUAUAAUCUCAGUAUAUUGUUCAACUUAUGUAUCUAUACCUAUUAUUAGUGAAUUACCACAACUUGCAAGAUUUUCAAAUUAUGAUGCAAUUACAUUUUUACAAUCAUAUUUAAAAUUAGAUACAACCAAUAGAUUUUUAAAUGAUUCAUUAAUCGAGGACUUAGAUUCAUUAAGUGAGAAUAAAUUCAUGUCUAAUCCAUAUGUUAUAUUAAAUUUAAAAACAGAAGGUCCAAAAACCAAUUUUGAUAAAUAUUUAAUCGAAACUGAUCAAAUUAAAAUGAGACAAUUAUUUCAUAAAUUACAGAAAGAAAAAGGACUUAUUGAAUAUUCUAAUGAUGAUUCGGUAUCAUUAUUUACAAAAAAUCUUCCAGCUCCUCAUCUCAAGGAAUAUUUAAAAUCUGAACUAUCUGGAAAUGAUAUAAAAGUUCACAUUGCUGAAUUGACAAAACUUAGAAAUAGAUUUACAAGUAAUGAUGUAUUACAAUUAAGUUUGGAUAUAGAUUCCGAUGCUGAUUUAUUUGAGGAAUACAUGAGAGUUUUAAGUCCUGAUUAUAAUAUUAUAAUUAUAAAUGAUGUUCAAGAUAAAAAAGUAAUUCACACUUUUGAAAGAUCUAAAAGAAGUACUAGUUUGAAAUCCUUCCAAUUUGAAUCUAAAGAAUCUUGUGAGUCAAAUACCAACAAUUGUAACUCUCAUGGUGCUUGUUCCGAAACCAAAGGUGCUUGGCAAUGUGUCUGUAAAUCAACUUAUAAUGAAGAUGCAAAAAAGACUACUCAUUGGGUUGGUCCAACUUGUGCUAAGAUAGAUGUUAGUACUGAAGCUAAUUUAUUUUUAUGGACUUCUAUCUUUUUAUUAGUUUUAUUAGUUGGUGGUAUUAAAGUUUUGGUAAGUAUUGGAAAUGAUCCAUUACCUGGUGUAUUGGAUGCUGCUACAAUAUCGAAAAAAUCUAUAUAA